AUAGCUCUAUAGCCUCACUGCGGGAUAUAUAGUAAGAGAGAACUACUGCGUUGCUGACAAAAUUUCCUUGUCAACAAUGUCUUCUUCAACGCAGGGUGUCAUCCCACAACUCAACCUCGGGAAUACGUAUGGGGCACUUUUUAUCGGGGUUAUCUUUGCAACGAUGACACUUGAUGCUCUGCACUUGGCCUUGAUCGUCCAUUGCGUCUAUUAUUAUUUAGUGACCAACUACGCGAACAUUGCUGCACUCCCGGAAGUUGUAUGGAGUGCCAAACUUCAGGUCAUAGUCGACAUGCUCGUCAUUUGGGGGGUACAUAUCCUAUAUGUUCAUCGCAUAUGGAUAGUCAGCAAGGGCCGAUCAAGAACUCUCCCUAUAACAGUGGGCAUAAUUGUGGUCCUGGCUUCAGGUGUUGGCACCGCCCUUCUUUGGGGAACAUAUCAAACCCACAUGUUCGUGGAUUUACUUAAAAUUGAAUGGGCGACAUACUCGACGUUAGGCACGAUUUUCUUGAUUGAUGUUCUUAUUGCAUCAUCACUAUGCUAUCUCCUCGCUACCUCCCGUACUGGGUUCCCCAGCACCGAUUCCUUCUUAACAAAACUCAUGGGUUACACCAUCUAUACCGGCUUUGUGACAAGUGUAUUCUCAUUGAUAGCUAUCAUCACAUGCGCAGCGAUGCCGAAGACCUUCAUCUUCCUCGGUGUUGAAUUUUUAGUGGCAAAAUUAUUUGUCAAUUCAUACAUCGCACUCCUGAACGCACGAUACUACCUACAGGCCAACGCAGACAAUAUUGAUUCUUCCGAGUUCCACAACCGCCACGGCGUGUACCGCCCGGAGCUGUGCAUGGGCGCGUCACAAGACGAGAGCUUUCAUGCACCUCAGAAGAAUGUAUUUAAACAACCCGACGAUGAUGUGCUACGUAUCACUCGACCCGUUGAGGCUACCAUGCGGCCGAUUGAGACGGCGAUGGAAAUGGAUUAUUUCUCAUCAGUGUGAUUGAUUAGUAUCAUACGCAUGGAUCGUUGCAUGCUUGUCUCGUCACGGGACAGGACUCGCAAAUAACUUAUGAGCUCUCUGUAAGUUAUCGCAAUGCUGGGAACGAGAGGAAUUGAUCCACCAUGUGCU